GACCAACCUAAAUGGCGGUCCUUCCCUCUCGCUUGCCUCGUGUUCAAGUUUGAUGCAUCGAUAAUUGCCUCACAAAUAAACUGAAUUCAGAGGCGUUUGCAAGGAGAAAAAUACCGAGGCAAGUAUAUUUACAAUUUCCAGUUUUGAAUAACGAAAUUCCUGAUUAGAAAACCGUAACUCGGCGACUGAAACCGACUUCAGCAAAUAAUCUGUGUGACUGAUUUAGCGAUGGCGUCUCUUCCGUUAUAGGUAAUACUGAAGGCGAUCGAUUUCAAAUUGCUUGAAAAUGUCCUUUGAAGAAGGAGGAGAUCUCGCUUCCUUUGCUGCUAUCGCUGAAUCUACGAUUGCCAAUAAGGAAGGUAGGUUUUAGAAGAGUAGAAUACGACUAUUAAAGCUAAGCAAGUAAGCUAACUGUUCCCCUGGUCGAUCCGUGAGUAAGCUUCAUUUCGAAACCGUUCCUUGCUGUAAACUCGCUUACAAACACUACAUCUUCCUCACGAUACUUUGACAAUGUUUUAAAGACGGUCUUGCCGCGAAGCUAACGUGAACUUGAGGAAAAGUUUUGCUGUUUUCCGGGACCCAGGCCUUCCGACCUCUAAAAGCAAGUCCCAGGUCUUCAAAAGAUUUUAGCGUUAUGGCCGUCGCCCCAGACUUCUGACAAAAACCUUUCCCAAUCUUUCUCAAUCUUCACAGCGUAAAAGGUUUUGUUUAGAUGAUUCUGUGGAUUGUUCAUUGACCAGUACUUUUCGCUACUUUCUAAAGACAUCUGCGUUGUGAAUCGUGUAUGUGAUGUACGAAGACAGCCUUCUUUCUUCCCGGCGAAGCUUCAACUGUAGUAUUGCGCGUCAUCACCCAAUUUACUGAGUUUUUCUUUGAGUAAUCGUGGCUUGAAAGGGACGUUGAACAAGAAAUAGUUAUCGGGGGUUUUCAAGGAAGAUUCUAUUCUGUAAAUCUUGGACCGUUGAUAACAAUAAACUAGAGCGUAUUUACAAAAAAAGGUACAGCGUGAGUUUUCGUGGAUUUCAGUCGCCAUUUAUAAAACUUAUUAACAUAAGAUAACCUUAUUAAACAUCACAUUACAGCACAGUCUGAUGUUUUCAUAUUUUAAUGCAUGUUUUGUGUUAGCAGUGUGUGUAAGAUCCGAUAAUUCUCAUUUUCAUGAUAACCUUACAGUCGUAUAAUCUGUUUUUGUUUUUGUUUAGAUUGAGGCUAUUGUUUUAAAUGAAACCUCAAUAUUUUAGCUUAGGGAAGUUUCCGCUGGAGGAUUAAGGCAUUUUUCUGGCUAAAUUGAGCAAAAGGAUGACACUUAUUAUAUGUAUAUAUUAGUUGUAUUUAAUAUAGUAAGAAUAAACUAAAUACAAAACAGGAGGUAAGGUGUUGAUAACCAAAAAAAGUCACUAUUUUGACUAAAAUAAGUGAUAUUUACAUAAAGUACCUAAUGUAGAACAUUUGCAUUACAUAUUUACUCUGAACCUAAAAACCCCAAGUUUAUCUGUCAAUAUUCACUAAGAAAUUAUGGCAAAAAUGUUAGGAGGAAUUGUUAUAAAAUCUGUUGCGGAAAUAAGUUGGCAAGCAUUAUGCAUCAGUCAAUUCCACCUGUGCCCAGGCCCCCCCCCCCCCAUCCCCGGGCUGACCCCCGGGAAUUAGCAUUUUUUUUGCCUUACAUGGCAAAUUCUCAGGGGUGGGGACUCUUGAGCUGGCAAAUCUCCCAGGGUAGGGAAGAAAAAAGAGGGCAAAUGCCCCGUCCUCCGUCAACAGUGCAACAUUUUUUAUUGAACGCACACUCAAUAGUGCCAUUUUAAAGUGCGAUUUUUUGUUUCAAUUAAUGUCUUCCUUGGUAAUAGCGCUAGGAUUCUAAUUAAGACUUCACGCCGCGAUGACAUGCACCAGUUUAUGGUUUUAGUAUUGAUAUAAAAUUAUUGACAUUAAAAUUAAUAGAGCGCUGUAAAGUUAUAUGUUAUGAAUAGAUUUAUAAAUAUGAAAGGGUGUUCUUCAAAUAAUAACAACAGAAAUUUGAUUCAAUAACCAAAAACGUUGAUUCACAUCAAUAGCUCCAAUUUCGCUAUGUAAUUCUGGCUUGAUAAGCAAUGAAGAAAUGCAUACAAACAUGUAAAAUCGAGAAAAUGCCUUUAUAACCCUCCACGAUUAUUUAUUCCUGUCCUUGACAGAUAAGCCAAUCUGCUUUUUUCCAGUCAAACCUUCUGUGUAGUUGUAUUCUGAUAGGAAACCGCGUGCGUGUCAAAAGCUCGCGAAUGGCCCGGGGGUUGGCAAAUGCCCGGCCCCCGGGCAGUACAAAAUUUGCAAAUGCCCCACCCCCGGGACUGACAAGGCGGGCAAAUGCCCCGCAGUAGCCGAGGGGGGCUGGGUGGAAUUGACUGAUGCAUUACUCCAAUGGUACAAAUAUUAUUAAUUUCUUGACUUUCUGAUAAUAUUUAAAAUUUCACAAAUAAGCAUCCCUUUGUCACGAUAAAGAAACUAUUUGAAGUUUACACCUCUUCUCACAGCAAGAAAUCUAUCUUAUUUGGGCCAUCACUCUCAAAAAAAAUGAAAAAAUUUAGUUAUGUUGUGGUGAUGUUACACUGAAUGAUUUCUCAAGAGCAUUUUUAGCGCAACAGAGUAUUGCCAUUGGUCUUGGGGUGUACAAACAUCACCUUUAAUCUCACUUGAAAAAAUUAAUCUGAACACUUUGUAAGGUGAAGCAGUAUAUGACAACAAAUCAUAUGGACCUGACUAGUGCAAUCGAUAAAGUUAAGAAUCGAUAAUACUCAAUAACUAAUUGAUAAAAGCCAUUGAUUAAAUUUAAAAUCGAUAGAGGAAAAACUUGUGGCGAAUUGAUAAUUAACAAUCUUCAUCAAGUUUUGUCAGAGUUAUUGAUUUUAAUCAGCCAUAAAAUUUCCAUGUGUUUUAACAGUUAACACUGGCAAAGAACAGGAUAAUGUUUCUGGAACAAAAGUACAUAAUUUAUGUGGUUUUAGACUGAUACACUUGUAGAGAGAUUCAUUUUACAAAUUACACUCAAAAUUGUAACAAAACAUUUUCAAACCAACAGGAUAAAGAAGGGGUACAAACCCGGGGGGGGGGGGGGUACUGCCAUAUAUGGGCUAUAUAGGUAUGUGCCACUGUGAAGGGUAUGGUUUUCAAGCAGUUUACUCUAGGAUAGGGUAUAUAAAUCAGAACAUUUGGGUCUAGAAUAGGGUAUCAUUUUUCAGGAAACUGAUCAGUUGGUUGAAGAUUUUAUCUAGACUAGGCAAACAGUUGCUCUAGGACAGGGCGGAUUUGGGAAGUUUACUCUAGUAUAGGGUAGCAAAAUUUAGCUGAACUAGCUCUGGUGUUACUAUAGGUUAAGGGUUCCAGGGUCCCAGCUUGCUUGCACUGGAAACAGUUCAAGUUGAAACUUAUAUUUCACGUGGUGAUGAUACUGUUUUAGUGUACAGUACAUGUCAGCGAGACCCUUGUUUCUUCAAAAAUCAUAAAAACGUAUGGUAAUGCCAAUCACUAGCUCUUCGCAAGUUUUUCAAACAACGCCCAGUUUCCAAAGCAUCAAUUAUUGGAUUUUGAACCUCGAAGGCAAUGAAAGAUCAUGAAAUUGAUAAUACCGUUAAAAUCAAUAAAAUUGAUAGCGCUAACAACGAAAAAAAGUUGUGGCCAUUGAUUUAACUAGUAUUUUCCCAAUGCAUAUAUCAAAUUAUGUACUGUUCACUAACACAAUUUACUUAUAAGUCACAUCCGAUCUGUUAGUUUCAGCAGAAACUGUUGAGGAAGCCACUGAUGCCACAAAGAAUCAGGAAACUACUGAAACAAAAGUAGAGCAGGAGGCAGCCAACAAUGAAAGCAGUGAAGAAGUCACUGCAGAUCCAGCUCCAACUGAUCAAAGUGAGAAAACGACUGAGGCGGGAAACAGUGAAGAAGUUCCUGAAGCUGCUGAAACAACAGAGAACAGUACUGUACAGUUGACAAGUGAACAGCAACGCACAUAUGCUAAUCUUCAGCCUAUAUUUCUAGCCAUGGAAAUGGGACAAGAUGCAGUACAGGUUAGUCAAGGAGAGGAACAACAUCAAGAAGCUACCGGCUCUACUACUGAGGAGAUAGAACAGCAACAACAGCAGGCAUUUAUUGCUACUUCCAGUGAGCACUUUACACAGUCAAGCCAAGCUGCUAGCAUGCUGCUUAGUAAUGUAGUUACUACCUCAGGCACUGAACCGCCAGCUUCAUUAGCAUCAAUUCUUCAAGAUGUGGUAUCUGGUAUGCAGAGUGGUGCAGGAUCUGUUCCAGCUGCUAUAAUAACAGAUCCUAACUCUGGCAGUGGUUCUUUCCUGAUUGUCAAUCAAAAUGGAGUGCCAAUUGUGCGACCUGUCCUUGUUUCAAAUCUUCCAGCUGGAGGUGUUGGCCCAGGCGGAGCAGUCAGUGUAUCUGCAGAGACUCUUCAAGUGUUAACUGCAGGUCUUCAUACAGUUGAUGAUGGUUCAGGUGGUGGUCAAGAGACAGUCACAGUAGACGUUGGUGCUACUGAAGCUGAAGGUAGGUUUUCUAAGCAAAUUUAUGCAAUAGAGGGAUUUCUGUAUGACCUUGAAAAAUUGUUAUUUGCUUCAUUAGCGAAUACUGAAAAUAUCAAAACCUUGGGGGUUUUUUGCCUACAUUUUGUAAGAUGGAGAAAAAGCAUUGUUCAAUUGUGCAAUUGAUCACUGAAUGUACAAUACAGUAUGUAAUGUAUGGAUUAAUUUCUAGAAAGUAACAUUCAUAUUGCAAUCAGUGUUCUCCUCAUCAGGCGGUAACUGGUAAAAUUUACCGCUUGAAGCAACACUUCUUACCGCUGCAACCUCUUGAAGUGUUACUAAAAUUAAAUAAAUUGUUUCAAAGAAUAUGUAAAUAGUGAUCCAAGCCGAUCCCCUCAAGAAAAGGAAGUAGCUUUGUAUACUUUUUGUUUUUCCGUAUUUACUCUUCCUAAUUACUAUAUUUAAAUGCUGACUGGCCUCUUUCAAAGCACUGCAGGAUAACGAUUUUUUUGUGGGCUUAUGUCCCAAUUCUAAGCUUUUUCGACCAGCAGCUAAAGUUCGCGACUUCCGCGACUUGUGUUGCUAAAUUGACCCUAGCGGCAAGGCAGCCUUCAUUUGUAAAAUUCUUUGUUUUGAGGAGUUUACUGCCAAGCUAAAAUUUAGGGAGAACACUGUGCAAUGUAUCAUGAAACGGAAAAAGUUUCAGACAAUGUUUCAGGAAUACUGCCGUCAUCACUUGUGGCAAAUGUUCCAUCCUAAAGGGGCUGGAGUUUUUGUUUACAAGGAAUUGAAAUCAAUAUAAAUUUCCCUUCUAUUUUUCUUCUGAUUUCAGUUGGGUUGGCACUAAAUAUUUUCAGAUUUUAUAUUCCACUGUAGAAUGAGCACUGGGAACUUUUCUUUUCCCCAAAUUUUAUUGUCAAUGUCAAAUCAAAUUAAAAGUGGGUAUUUCUCUAAGUUUGUAACUUACAUGUAGGUGCGACUGCUGCAACUGGCGAGUUACCAGUAGAAGCUACCGUUGAUAUUGGUGCUGAUGCUGUUGCCAUGGUAGCAGGUGCUCAAACUGUGUCUCAAGCAGUUACCCACAGUGGUGCAGACUUGGAUGAAGGAGAAGAGGCUGCAGCUGCCUUACAAAGUAAGAUUAUUAGUGUUACAGUUAGAUGUACAAUGAAAUGGCCAUGCACAUGCUGUGUACCCUAUGAAUACAGCCGUUUCCCCUUUUUCGUUGCCGCUUGGGACGUUUCACCAGGAGGAACAUCUGUGUAUUAGCAACAGAAAUUCCAUACUGAUGACGUAAAAUCUGUCCAGAAUCUGGUCAGGAGCUCUGAUUGGUCCACAUAGUAGUUAUAUUGUUUUACCUAUUGUCGAGGAAUGACAGACAAAAUGCCACAGAGGUCAAAAUAAUGUAAAUGCAGAGUUCUUCAAUAGAAGGCGGCACCCGGCGAUUGAUCACCGCUUACUUUGGGAUUUAUAGCCGCUUACUUUGUGUUUAGGUCGCUUUUCUUUGCUUUGUUUUGACGCCUCUGGCUUUGCUGAAGAGCCUCCUACUUUAUCAGUGAUCACCUCCUACUUAAAAAUCUAUUGAGAACCCUGAAAUGGGGUCGUAAACUUGAUGAAUCUACUAUAAAACAGUCAAUAUUCAGGGAAUGUAUUCGUCUAUAAAAAAAAAAAAAAUGUUUUGCUGGAGCUCGUUCGCAGUAGAACACAAAACUUUACUGUUUUCGACCAGGAGAAACAUAAAAUCAAACAAAUUUACACCUGGAACCCCAUGAAUAUAGAUUUAUUACGCAAACAUUGCUUUACAUCGUCAAUAUGGAGAGCCACAGACGUUCCUCCUGGCAAAACAUCCCUAAAAGCAAAGAGCAAGGAGAAACGGUUGUAUUCGCACGCUACAUGCUGUGUACCCCUAUAACCUUUGUUCUCUAGCGUAUAAAAAUUACCAUACAUGAUAGUACUAACUAUGCCCUAUCUCUGGUUUACCCAUUACCCAUUACUGAGCAGUGUAAAAACAGUCUAUUGCAAGUGACUUUAAAUCUACCCUAAAUCAACUGAUGUGAUACAACUCAUUUUGACUCUGAAGAUGACUGCCACAAAGCUUGUUGAAAUGUCAAUCACUGUCAACUUACUCCACCUACUUAUGAAAAGACACCUGUGUUCAAACCUUUCAUGGUACCCACCAUAAUACAAAUUUUUCAUGGUUAUCAGUAUUAGUGCUUACCGGUAACUCUUCACUUACGCAUUAGUAACCAACUUCUUACUUCUCGUUAUAAUAAAAAACAUAGCCUGCAUAGCAGACACUCUAAACCACCUGUAUAGAGUGUCUGCAAAUUUGUGCACAGUAUUGUGUUCGAAUUCCAUAUAAUUAUCCUUGUGGCAUUUUUGAUUGGGUAGUUUCUUACGCAGUUUGUGGUUAGUCCGCUUUGAAAACAAAUGUUGAGGCCAAACACAAUAAUUUUCAUAGCUCGUGAUAGUUUGAAAUGUGACCUUAAAGUUAGAGGUCCUGUUAAGGUAAAAUUCUGACAAGCAACAUGGCCAGCCUUGACAUAAGGCAAAUGAAAUGGUGACAAAUGACACAAAGAUGGCCAGUUGGAACUGUCUGAAUUUUGUUGUUCUUGAGAUAAGUGAGUCUUUGGAAUGGCACAUGAUGUCCUGCUGUUUCUCCAUUGGUAAUUACUUAUGUUUUAGCUUCAACAGUCUAUAAUGGGCAGUGCAUCUGCAGCAAUUGGAAGACAUUGUAAAAUGAUCAUCAAGGAUUGUCCUUAACCAGUUGGCAAUUUUACGAACACAUUCUGGCCUUCAAGGAGUAUUCCUUAUUUUCCUGUUCAGGAAAAAGGCUUCAAGUUUGAACUGCUCUUUCACAGCUGUCAGUGCCCUUUGCCAACUUUUGACCUUCCUGCAUCCAACCGUCAUACACACAUAAGAAUUGAACCAAUCGCAAAGCACAUAAGAAACCUGCCUAUCAGAAAAGCUCACAUAUACACCUCCUGCUGCUGAAUAUCAGGACGAGCUUUUGCGCACUAAUUCGCAGAUGGACUAUAGUCUAGAUGAUUCAUGGGCCUGCUGCAAUGCAGGGUAUACAAAAUGCUGCUUGAUCAAUUAUUAGUUUCAUGAGAAUAAAGGAAAUGAUCGCCAAAGAUCAAAAACAAAUUACAAUGGAUAAUCUUUUCAGUUCUACAAAAUAUUGGAAGAAAAGUGUCAGGAAUGCAUGUGUCCAUGUUGAAUUUUAAAAGAUUUAGAAUGUUAAUAAAAACUCCAUCAGCCUGUGUAAGUUUAUUUUGUGAUCAAUUGCAGAACCCAUGGCUGCUACAAGGAACCCUACAGGCAAGAGAAAGUUAAGUGAUGGUCCAAGGGUUUGUGGUCAGUGUAACAAGAGCUUUAAGUACCCAUCGGAUCUGAAAAAACAUCUGCAGAUUCACACAGGUCAGUGUUAAUGUGAAUGAAUGAAUGACUUGUUUAUUGACACCUUUUGCAGCUUAUAGCUGCUUUGCAGAUACAGGUCAGUUACAUAAACAAUAUAUGAAUAGGACACUAAACGUUAGCAUAUUUUUUAUGGUAAAAAAAUAAGUGAUACAAUCAGUAUUAGAUGGUAGGGUGGUAAAUGAUUAAUUUGAACGUGCACAUGCAGUAAUCCGAAGAUGAGUGAACAAUUCUGCUUUGAAUUAAAGGGAAGAUUGGGUUGUCAGGACAAACUUUUUGACAUAAGCAUCUUCACGAAGUUGCUUUAAGCUCACAAUCCCUGCCUUAGCCAUUGUGUCUUUGUAUGAAGUAAAGGGAAUUUAGAUAAUGGAGAGGACAGGCCUCUGGAUUUUCUCCAUGUCAUUGGUGAGAUAUUGGGGAGAUAAGCAAAAGCAGCGGCUGCUUUUGGUAGAUAAAGUUUGUAGCUUUCUGGGAACAAACUUUAUUUGGCUGCAUGAUGAGCCAGCGAAUUGUCUGUGUGCAGGAUACCUAUCUGUUAGAUGGACACCUUUGGGACCAGUAGCAAGUGUCCAUUUGAGAUGGGUGUCUGCUUAACAGAGAGUUAAAGAAAAAAGAGAAGAAUGGCUGCAGGGACCUACAUUGCAUUUUUAGGUUUCUGUCUAGCAGAGGUGUCUAUGCAAUUGUCCCUUUCAUAAACGGUCACUGCCAUUUUCAAGACACUAUUGACAUGUUACUGAGAGUGUUUCUACUAAAAAUAAAGAAAAGUGCAACCCAGUGUUGACCUGGACCUUUUGUAUCCUAAUCUCUCUUUCUUACCACUACACAACCAAACCGACCCACAAAAUUCCGAAAAGUUCAAGUUCAUAAACUAGCAAACUGUCUCGCUUAAAUGUUACAUCAAUAGCAGGUGACCCUUGCCCUUUCCAUAACUUUUAAUGUAAAUUCAACUUAGGCUUCAAGGUCGUUGUUUCUAAGAUUAUUCAAAAACGUAUUAGUUGCCUUAUGGUAACCUAAUCCAGGGAAUAAUUAUAUUACAUCUAUCAAAACCAAAGGCUUGGUUACCAAUGGUGACAUCGACUGUUUGAAAUGGCAACUGCCGUUUACGAAAGGGAAAUGGGAGGUGUCUAUUUUAUAGAGAGUGAAAGAAAAGGAAUGAAAAAAUGGCAGGGACCAGCUCAAGGCGUCCUUUUUAAUGACAUGUCUGAUGUCUGCAAGGAUUGAGUUGACUGUUUUCAUGAUUUUGGUCCAGUAAAAAAAAGUAAACAUUCGGUGCUUUGACUAAUCAUGACUGUGCCUGAAGAUUUUGUAAAAGUCUUCUGCUCAUUUCUUGUUAAGUGUGCAGACGUUUUCUUUCGGUCAAAUGAUAAAUCCUGUUUCACCGUUUUUGUCCAGAUUUAGAGAUUUAGAACAGUCAACUGAACUCGCUUUAAUACGGACACCUGGGGCCGGCACUAUGUGUCUGUCCUAGAGAGAUUCAUCUUAUAGAGAGUCAACUAAAAGGAGUAGAGAAGACAGGGACUAACUCUAGGUGUCCCUUCUAGUGAGGUGUCUCUCUUAUAGAGGUGUGUAGAGACAAUUACUGUAACUUUGGGUGUGGCUUUGGGCGUGUUAAUAGCUUAAUUAAGGAAAACACAGUUUAAUUCAAGACUUUUUGCUGUAUCGCUUGUAUUAUUAGAUAUAAAGAAAUUCAAGUGUGACGACUGUGGUCGAUUUUUCCGUCGUCUGCAUCAGUUGAAUGUGCACCAGCGAAUUCAUUCUGGAGAGAAACCUUAUGUCUGCAACAGGUACGGUAAUUAACGGCGGAGCACAUGUUCGUGAAAUCUUUUGCCACAUUCUUAAAUCAACGGAUUCUCCUUUAGAGUAAUUGAUAUAACUUUAUCUGUUUUUGAUAUUACUGACAUUUUUUUAAUCUGACAUAAAUAAACGAAUUAAUUGUCACAUCUAGGAUUUCAUUCACGGACUCAAAAGCAUUCGCUGGGACUGCCUUGUACGGUAUAUUGAACAAUACCGUGUGAAUCAAGCAAUCGCUUUAUUUGAAUUUUCAUCCUUUUAUAAAACAACGACAAAGUUACUCCAGCAAGUUUUGUCUCCCAGAGUAAAGAAAUCAAUCUACUCAUUCUCCACUAUCGAUUUCAAAUCUUGCUUGCGAGGUUUGAUUAUAUCCAUUCAGCUUAAUGGGCGUUGUUCUGAGAUAAGCGGCCCGGCGUACAGUUUUACGGUAGGUUAAACCGCAAAUCCGUAUAUCGUUGUUGAUACAGCCCGUAUUGAUGCUUAAUUCCAUAGAGAUUAUUUCAUAAGCCUAAUCCCAUGCUAAUUUGACUUGUCCAUCAGAUAAUCUUCCUAUUUUACGACGCGGAGGUCUUAAAUUGUUUCUUAACAGUACUAAUUCAGAGCAUCAAUCGUCUUAGUUAAUAGUGUGCUAAACUAUAAACUCGCUUCUUUGAAAUCACCAGAAACGCGUUCUUUUGCGCUAAAAAUCAUUAUUUUCACCUAUUCCCGUUCACGGGAUGAAAAGCAAAAAGUAGUUACAUCUAAGUGAUGGAAAAGUUUCGACGCGGGUCACCUUAACAUACUUGUAUUUAUUGUAGCGUGCUUAAGUAAAUGAUUAAAACAUCAUACAGAACUACUUAACAGAGUAAAACAAACAACAACAGAUGAAAUCAUGUUGAAGUUCUUGAAGUCGACUCCAAAUAUAGAAUUCGUUGCACGAUUUUGGUCUUUACCUCCCGCAGUGAAAUUGUUGAUCUUCAAUGUAUUUACUUUCUCUCUGUGCACGUGUUUGACAUGAUCAGCUGUCGAAAAUAAAAACAACUUCUACUUCAUGAAGAAAAACAAAUACCGGUUCCAUUGCUUUCGUUUCGUAUUUUGGGAGACUGAAUUAUUGGUCUCAUCUCCAACCCCACCCAACCCCCCCUUAGUCCUCAAUACAGCUCAGGACCUCGAUUCCUGUACUUUAGGGCCUGUUUACAUGGAGAUGGGGGACCCCAGGUAGGUGAGGUAACUCGCUUAGGUGGGGUAACCCGCCUGUCGAUAUAAGCUCUCAUAUUAAUUUGAUUGCGUUUACAUGAUAGGUGGAGUGACCAUAUGAGAGAUGAUUAUAUGGAAAGGCGGGUUACCCCACCUAAACGGGUUACCUCACCUACCUGGGGUCCCCCACCUCCAUGUAAAACAGGCCCUUAGUUUACACAGUACUACACGCAAUCUUGUGGUGUAAUCAUACAUUCAAAAUGAACCACUCCGUAGGUACUUUGAUAUGGCUACAAUUACUUUCAGUGUGUUAAAGAAUAAAAUGCGCGAUUUUUCUUGAAGAUAACCAUUUCACUCCUUAUACUAACUGAAAUUAAAAAUUUCAGAAAAAUUCCAAAUUGCGUAAAAACAAAUGGUAGGUUGAAAAAGUACAGCUGAAGAGGUUAGUUUAAAUGGUAACAUCAAUGGAUUUCAUAUUCGAACUCAAAAAAAUAGUUUAAAGCACAUAUCCUACCUUCUUAUUGACUCUGUGGUUAACAAGCGUAUUAUUUGCAUGCUUAUAGGUGCGGUAUGGCGUUCCGCCACGACUCCACAGUGACGAUGCACAUCAGGACCAGACAUGAUCACCUGCGUCCGUUUAAGUGUGACGAGUGCGGAAGCCUGUUCGGACGGUUGUCUCAUCUUAAGAAGCACAUCCGAAAAGUAUGCGGCGACAACAAGAACAAAGAGAAACCCAUCGCUCAAUGCCGCUUCUGCGAAGUCACCUUCCCUACCAAGGGGGACUUAAGAAAACACUUGCUUACCUGCGAGAAAAAAGGUCAGAAUGGUUUGUUAUUACUGUUAUAGUUACUUGACAAACGAGAAAAAAGUCAGAAUGGUUUGCCAUAAGUAUUAUAGUUACCUUGCAAACAAGCCUGUUUCCUCUAUGGGUCAGCUUUAUGCUAGAAGCCCUAAUGCAAUGGAAAUAGUGUUAUAGCAUUUCAAGUUCACCGUGAUGAGAAUGGCGUUUAUCACUCUGUUGUCCAUGCACCAGGAAAAAGAUGUGAUAGGGAUACUUGUGCGUACAGUUGUUUCUUUUUCGAUAAACAUUUAUUGUUAGGGUAUUCCAGAAAUAGAAACCUUUCACACAACAUUCAAUGGUGUAUUUUGUGACCAUUUUGUCCUUAUGCUAACUUGUUUUCAGAAAAUUUACUAUGAUAAAAAAUCCCACCAACACGGUUCAUGAAUAUGGACCCACCCUGCGUUCUUGAUGUACGCCUUGUUACGUGUGAGUUUAUUUUUGUCUGUACCUUAAGAACAUUUGUAAAACCCUGUUCCUUGAACUUGCUUGUGUUUUGUCGUUUUGUGCCCCUCAGAGGCCAAAGUGAAAGCUAAAGAAGUUACGCUGCAUAUCUGUGAUAUCUGUAACAAAGAGUUCGCCAGUCCGUACAACCUGCGACGUCACCAGCUCACUCACACGGACGAGAAACCUUAUCAGUGCGAGGUGUGUAACAGGCAGUUCAAAGAGAAAUCCUCCCUGACUAAACAUAUCAAACGCAAACACACUGGCGUAGACCAGGGCAGUCAAACUGACGAGACUGGCGAGCAAGAAGACGGAUACGUCAAUGUUGACGUCAUAGCCGAAUCCGCGGCGGCCAGUGGUGUUACCAUGGAGACAGAGGAAACUGUUGAAGCAGGAAUUGCUGGUGAGAGCGUUGAAGAGACGUCCACUGUGGAUGCAAGCUCGUUAAUUGUGGCAGAUAGUCAAGGUGGCGGUCAGCAGGUGACAGAAGUAGUACAAGCCAGUGGAGAGGUGGAGAUGGCAACAGUGGAGCUGAGUCUUGCUAACGGCGCUUCAGGGCACUCUCACGACGCGUCUGCUCUACAAGCCGCAGUGGAAGCCCUAGUUUCCGCCAGUCAGCAUCAGUUAGCUGGAACUCAAGAACCCAUGGAGGAAGGCGAGGCUUCUACAGGCAAGGAAAUCUUCGAGGGUGUGACAUCCCAGGAUGCCGAGGGAGCUGCUGCACUUAUGGCGGUCUAUGUACCGGAAGUGAAGCCUACUGAGGUUAAUCUGCAGGUGGAGUAUGUACAGACAACUACUGAAGGAGACCAGGAAAUGACGACAACUACAGCAGCAGCCACAGAAGAAGAAAGUUAACUGACUGUAGCUUUUAACAAUACUUUCCUAUAAGGAAUUCCUGUUUUGUUGCUCUUCCGAAGCGUUUGUGUGCUGUUUGAGUUAACCCCUCAUAUGCAUUUUUAAUCAAUUAUGAUUCGUAAUCAAUAUGACCAUUUAAUGGGUAGUAAUGUCUAGCAAACUAGAGGAGAAUUUUUUUUUGUGCGCUGUGACUAGGUACUCACACGCUACGUUACUAUGUUUGCUAUUUUGAACCGAAAACGAAAAAUCUGCCAGAAUUUGGACUUUCGAACUAUUCAGUGGAUAAUUCCGGCAACCAAAAUUGAAUGAAACGGAAAAUUCCAGGAAGAAAUUUUCCUAAACGUGAAUUUUCCCCAGUCGCUUGACUGUCCGCUUUUUUCUUUUCCAAAAUCUGAAUAGAAUGGAUUGCACUCGCAAAAUGCUCCAUAUUCAUCCUACUGAAUGGAAUAGUCAGCUAGUGGUUUUUUAUAGUUGGUAUAUCUGAAAUAAUUAUCCACCUACACCUCGUUAAAUCGUUGUUAAUUAUUUUCAAGUUGCACGUCUCUUAUACGUAGCGUAAGGUAGUGUUAUUUAGUGUGGGAUCUUGCUUUUACUUACUUAGCUUUCGUAGAGUAAACACCCGCUAAGAAAAACCUACUUUUGUUCAGAAGUCUGGCAAAAUGGAUUCUGGAAGGAGAUUAUAGAUUGUCGAUUACCAGAAAAAUGAAUAAACUGUUUACUUAUUCGUAAUUUUAUUCUUAUAAUCCCAACAAAACUUAUUUUACCGAAUUUCCACACAGUUUAGUACAGUAUGUUCUUGUUAUACUUAAAUUUACUACUCAAAGUUACACCUCCUUAAUUGGUUAAAUUCUUUAUCAUAAUAACCCACAUAUAAGAACCUGCUUGAUCUUGCUUGGCUAAACAGGUUGUUGUAUUUUUGGGUAUUGAGGUGGCAAGUACUCCACAAGUUCUUAUUAGCGGGUUUGUCACUUCUAGAACUGCCCUUUAUUGUGUUUUACUCGAGCUUUUUGGAUUGAUAAUAUCUUCGGUUUUGAGUUCGCAUGGUUUGUUUUAGUGCUUAUAUUUAUUGUACUGGAAUCAGCUUCAAAAUGUAAUUGUAUUUUCCUUAAUUCUUUCAGAAGUAAAACCGUACGUAGGAGUUAUAUUACCCAGCGUAAUUGUUU